AUGGCGCUGAAUCCUCAAUACGAUGCUAUCGGCAGAGGCUUUGUGCAACAAUAUUACACUUUAUUCGACGAUCCGGCACAACGAGCAAAUCUUGCAUCGAUGUACAACGUUGAAACAUCUUUUAUGACUUUUGAAGGAGUACAACUUCAAGGUGCUGUUAAAAUAAUGGAGAAAUUAAAUGCCUUAACAUUUCAAAAGAUUGGUAGAAUAGUAACAUCAGUUGAUUCGCAACCAAUGUUUGAUGGAGGUGUUUUAAUUAAUGUUCUCGGCAGGUUGCAGUGUGAUGAAGACCCACCACAUCCAUACAUGCAGACAUUUGUGCUGAAGCCACUCGGUGACUCCUUCUUUGUGCAACACGACAUAUUCCGUCUUGGUAUCCACGACAUUGCUUAG